AUGGUAGGCCUGAAAGACGAUGAAUGCAGAAGAAAAUUCCGCCAACAUUUGUCUGUUCAUGUUGGAGUACGGAACAGGAAGAAGCUUAGCGAUGCGGAUUCCUUCAUAAAGUGCAUCCAGGACGCUGCAAGAAAAACGCUCCCGGUUUUAUUGCCGCGGAAGAAGUUUGCCUUUGCAUCUGCAGAAACAAAAUCCACAUACAAUUCUGUAUGUGUCGCGCGCAGCGCUGGUGACUUCAACCAGGGAAAGCGUCUUAGAAGGAAGCUGCGUCGUCAACUGCAACAAGACCGCGAUAACGAGUGGACGUCAAGAGCGAUGGAGUUUGAGAAGGCGUGGGAGGACAGGAACCCGCGGAAAGCCUAUGCUCUACUAAAACAGUAUAGCGGGAAAAGGAAAAGAUGUUCCUCUGUCCUCAACACUGCCAAUGGGGUAGCUGUCGGUGAAGCAAUCCUUCCAAUUUGGAAGGAACACUUCAAGACCUUGCUGAACCGGCUAGCACCAUCAGCUCCUGAACUCGAACACGUUCAUAAACCGACAUACGUGGUUAACGAGGAGCCACCGACCGUGUCGGAGGUCCUGGUCUGUAUUCAAAAAAUGAAGAAUGAAAAAUCUGGCGGAGACGACGGAAUUAGCGCAGAAAUGCUAAAAUAUCUUCCUCCGUCUGGUAUUUGUGGGAUGACAAGGAUCAUCUUCUCAAUUGGAUUCACGAGAGGAUAG